CUCCUUCUCUCCUUCCUUCCUUCCUUCCUUCCUUUUUUUCAUUCUUUGCCACCAUCCUUUAUCUGGUUAUUUUUAUUUUCAUUGUUUUCCUUUUAGCUUGUAUUCAUUCACAAUUCAAACUCAUCCUACGCAAGGUUCACAUCACAUUGCGAUCACUUAAUUACUUUCAUUCUCUCAUUCACAAUGUCCACAGGGUCAUCCCCAUACACUCCUGUCUUCGUGGCAGCAUUUCCUCUCUUCUAUUUCUUCCUCCUUCCUCGUAUCUUACAACGCCUUCCAAAAACGCUUCAAUUCAUUUCAAAAUGUUGUGUCGUCCUCUUUGCUACCCUGGUCAUGUCCGUUCUCGGCUGUCUUGUCUCAAUCGUCUGUGCAUUAAUCGAUAAACGUUAUGCGAUCAACUACAUCGUCUCCAGAAUUUUUUGUUUCCUCGCUGCCAAAACCUGUGGUGUCUCUUAUCGCAUCGUCGGCGAAGAAAACUUGCAAAAUUAUCCUGCCAUCGUAGUCUGCAAUCAUCAAUCAUCUAUGGAUAUGAUGGUCCUCGGAAGAGUCUUUCCUAAACACUGUGUCGUCAUGGCCAAGAAGGAGCUCCAAUACUUUCCUCUCCUGGGCAUCUUUAUGAAACUCAGUAAUGCCAUUUUCAUUGACCGCAAGAAUCACAAGAAGGCGAUCGAGUCAACUACUCAGGCUGUUGCAGACAUGAAGAAACAUAACUCUGGAAUCUGGAUAUUCCCUGAAGGAACACGAUCUCGUCUUGACUCUGCUGAUCUCCUACCUUUCAAGAAGGGUGCUUUCCAUUUGGCUAUCCAAGCUCAAUAUCCUAUUCUUCCAAUUGUUUCACAAGGAUACUCCCACAUCUAUGACUCUUCAAAGCGUUCAUUCCCUGGUGGAGAACUUGAGAUCCGAGUGUUGGAACCUAUCCCUACGACGGGCAUGACAGUCGAGGAUGUCAAUGAUUUGAUGGAAAAGACUCGCAACGUAAUGUUGCAGCAUUUGAAAGAGAUGGAUGUGAUCAAAAAUGGUGGCAAGUUAUCUCCUCUUGUCGAUGGUGAGACUACAACAAAUGCCUCACCAACCGCAGGAAAAACAACAGCAACAUCAGUGGGUGAUGUUCUGGACGAAGCUUCCGUCAAGAAGAGAAGGAUACUCAAGGAUUAAAAAAAAAAAAAAUAAGG